AUGUCCGAUGAGCAGUACACUGCACACCUUCUAUUUUCGCUCUGUAAAAUGAGGAACCUCAAGAAAUCCCGAGAAGGGGAUGCAGAUGAUUCGUCUUCAAUCAGUCGUUUACCAGAUGAAAUUAUCCUCCAAAUAUUAAACAAACUAAUCGAUUUGAAAACCCUAUGCUUUUGCUAUCUGGUUUCCAGACGUUUCUCCUCGAUUGUACUUCAAGUCGAUGCCAUUACCAUUUCCUUCACUGCUCCUCUCGUAAAUCCUCCCAUUCCCGAUAAGAACACAGUCGGUGAUGUAGCCCCGCUUCUGCCUAAACUUUAUUCGUAUUACGGUGAGUCCUUUGUAUCUGCCAGUAACUUUUUGAGAAAGUUUCAAGGAGUGAAGAUCUUAUGUAUCGAACUUCCGCCUUCUCGUCGCAUAGCUAUUGAUAAUCGUUUUUUGGUCAAGUGGAAGGUUAAGUUUGGUUGCAGAGUCGAAUCGUUUAUAUUUCUGUCUCCAAAUUCAGUUUGUGACAAGGAUGGAUUCUAUCUUUAUGGAAAUGGGGAUGAUGAAGAAGAUAUCGAGUUAACAAUUGAUUCGAUUAAGCAAAGACGUCAUAUUUCGUUUCAGUGUCUGAGGGAGGCGAAUCUGUGGCAUAUGAUGUUGUUGGACUGCGCUAAUGGUUUCCCAAAGUUGGAGGAGGUCUCUAUUAGUGGUUCAGGGAGAAGAGAGAGGCUUUCUCUGAGUGGGGAAAAACUGAGUGAGGUGAAGGAAUGGUUACAUUCAGCUUCGAAAAGUGAGUUGGAAACUGAGUUAGCUCGUGUAGACGUUCUUGCUAGAGUGAGUGAGUGUUACAUUCCCGUUUUGAAGUUGCCAGUUUCAGGGUAUGUGAUGAAGGGGGUAUUUGUUAUGGUAAUGGGGAUGAAUAAUCUCCAAGGUGGAAAUGAUUUUCUUAUGAACAGUGAAGAUGGUCCAUACUCUGAACCUCAUAACAAGGUACUGAUGCAAGUUCAAGUAACAACUAACAAGGGAAGGGAAAAUAUCAAGUAGAUUGGUAGAUAUUAUUAAUUGAUAGAAGAUAGAUGGAAAUCUUUAAAACAAGUAUUGAGAUGGAGUUACUUUUGAAGCAGAAUUAUCCCUAGAAAAGUAGUAACAUGUUUUGGUAUGUAAGUGAAACAAAUCACUACUACA